AUGAAGGAUAGCAUCAUCAACCCGCCGGAGAAGGACCCGAAUUCGAUCAUGACUGUAGCUGACCAAGGUCAGGGAGGUCUCGAGGAAAAAAAACGAUCAAAUUCGACCACUCAGUUGUCGAUUGCUCUGACAAAGGACAAUCCUGCCAUCACGACUCCCAAGCGCAUCAGCAAGCGAAACCCUUCAACAACCGCCGAGGAUGGCGCAAUGAACGGUCGCUCGCGCCUCCCAUCUGAAGUUGCCCAAGGUCAGGUUGGCCUCACGGCCAAAGCUCGAUCGCACACCAGUCCCUCGUCGAUCGAUCUCACCAAGGAUAAUCCUGAUCCCACGAUUACCAAGAGUCAACGCAAGCAACCCCUCCCUUCCAAAACCGCCGAGGAUGGCGCAGUGCAAGGACGGCCGCUCGUUGCCUACAACAAGAACCUCAAGGUGUCCAAGUUCCACAGGCUCUACAAGAAGGCGUGGAGGAAAGAGGUUUUUGGAAUCCAGGCAUUUAUUACUUGGUCUUCCCGCACAGCGGAAUACUCUGGUCGGGCAAUCUCCAAAUGCCCUGGCUGGUGGGCCGACGUCAACAUGGAUCCAUCUUCCGACGCCCAAACCUACAACAACAUCGCUGCGUUCAUCCUGACUGGCCUGAAGGCGUACGACCCAUCACUCGGCGGUUCGAUGCCACAGCUUCGGUCCAGCAUGCAGAAUCUGUUCUCCCUUGGAGAUCUCGAAGAUGCCGACAACGACGAAGGUUCCUGGGCUCUUCGCGAGUACUUUCUUCGUCUCGCAACACAGUGCCCCACAGUUGUGUUCAACGGCCCAACGCGUUAUCACUACGGACAAAAAGUCGCCUCGCUUUUGGGAAUUUUCGCUCGUGUUCGACCCGACAUUAAUUGUUCAACGCGCCAAGCCGUUGACGUGGAUGUGGCUAGCGGCAGCCGAAUUCUUUGCCCAUCCUUGGACUGGCCCUGCGAUCAUUCCUCCCAUUGUGGAGGAAUUCGAGCGACUAGAAAGUGA